GUCUUCGGUGUUGUGGCAUCUGCUCAUUCUUAUUGCUGGCGAGAUAUGAGUUGACUGCAUCUGUUCUCCGCUCCAUUUGCAUUGACACUCAUGAAUUCGUGACUUCUUCAGCGCUUAUAUAUAACCGUCACAUACAUAGCCACCAGCAAUCGUCUAGGUAAUAUCUCAAAAUGCGGCCCUCGUUUCCAAAUACCCUUCACCUCCUUUCCCCCCUCUUACUCCUCUAUCCACACUUUUCAUCGGCGUUCUAUCUUCCGGGUGUUGCGCCAACCUCCUACGAAGUCGGCCAAAAGGUUCCGCUCCAUGUAAACCGCGUCUCACCAACUGUCUCUGAACACGAUGCUCAACUCCAUUCCAUAAUUUCAUAUGACUACUAUUACUCGGACUUUAUGUUCUGCCGGCCUAAAGACGGGCCAGAGGAUGUCAGAGAAUCACUCGGCAGUAUUAUAUUCGGCGACCGCAUCCAGACAUCUCCGUUUGAGAUCUUCAUGGCCAAGAACGAAACCUGCAAAUUGCUUUGCCCGGAGGUCGUGUUUGACCCGGCGAGCAGUAGUUUCGUCAAUCAGAGAAUAUGGGAUGGGUACAAUGUGAAUUUGCUUAUAGAUGGGCUCCCUGCGGCGCAGCUGAGCGAGGAUCCGCAGACAGACGAGGAGUUCUAUAGCCCUGGAUUCUUCUUGGGCGAGGUUGAUAAAGAUGGGAGCAAGUUGCUGAACAAUCAUUAUGAUAUCUAUGUUGAUUACCAUCGUGCAGCGGCUUUGGGCAAGACAGAGCAGUACCGCGUCGUUGGCGUCUUAGUGAACCCUUCCUCGCGAAAGCCAUCAAAGGUCCUGAAUGAUGAUAAAAAAGCUGAAUGCUCACCGAACGGACCUCCGGUUUCUCUCAGUGAAGACGAAGACACGACCGUCGCUUGGACUUAUAGUGUCAUCUGGAGGGAAUCCCCGACAGCCUGGGCCACGCGCUGGGAUAAGUACCUGCACGUCUAUGAUCCCAGCGUGCAUUGGUACUCGCUCAUUUACUCCGCGGUUUUUGUCAUCCUGCUAGUGGCCCUAGUUAGCACGAUCUUACUCCGAGCACUACGAAAAGAUAUCGCGAGGUACAACAGGCUCAACAUGAUCAACCUGGACGACUUGGAUGGAAAUCCGGCUUCCGUCGAAGAUGGAAUUCAGGAAGAUUCUGGUUGGAAGCUCGUGCACGGUGACGUAUUCCGUUGCCCGAAACAGCCAUUACUGCUGAGCGUAUUCUUGGGAAAUGGCGCCCAGCUCUUCAUGAUGACUGGCCUGACAGUUCUCUUUGCCUUGUUCGGUCUUCUCUCUCCGUCGAACAGAGGGUUUUUGGGAACAGUCAUCCUGAUACUCUAUACUUUCCUCGGCUCUAUCGGCGGCUACGUUUCAGCCAGAGCUUAUAAGUCGUUUGGAGGUGAAGCUUGGAAGCAACUCAUCAUUGCAACGCCUCUCGUGUUACCGGCUAUUGUGUUUUCGGUGUUCUUUUUCCUAAACUUCAUCCUCUGGAUUAAAGGGGCCAGUGGCGCUGUGCCUUUCACCACCAUGGUAGUUAUAGUUUUGAUAUGGUUUAUUAUCAGCGUGCCUCUCAGCGUGGCAGGCAGCUGGAUCGGGUUCAAACAACCGGCUCUCGAAGGGCCGACGAAAACAAAUCAGAUCCCCCGUCAGAUCCCUCCAGCGGUUGGUUCGCUCCGACUGAUCCCGUCUACUUUGAUUGCCGGCUUACUUCCCUUUGCGGCUAUCUUUGUUGAGUUGUACUUCAUCAUGAAUUCGCUCUGGACCGGUAAAAUCUACUAUAUGUUUGGCUUUCUCUUCCUUUGCUACGGUUUGAUGAUCAUGAUGUCCGCCAUGACCACUAUACUCCUAGUAUAUUUCCUUCUCUGUGCUGAGGACUACCGGUGGCAAUGGAGAUCGUUCAUCGGCGCCGGCAUGACGGGCGGGUAUGUUUUCAUUAACGCCCUUAUCUUUUGGGUAACACGGGUUAGCUUUGGCGGAAUCACUGGCGCCAUCCUUUAUUUGGGAUAUUCGGCAUUGUUAGCAUUCUUAGCUUUCAUUCUGACUGGCUCGAUCGGAUUUUUCGCCUCCUGGGCGUUUAUUCACCGUAUAUAUAGAUCUAUCAAGGUAGACUGAACCAACUAUUGUGCAAUUGGCAGAUAAAAAUAAUUAUCACUUGCCAGCUUGCCUGUGGAGGAUUGAA